GAUUGAAACAAUGGCUGGUUCUCCAAGGAAACCUUCCCCGAAGCGUCGUCCGAGGUCUCGUUCGAAUUCUCCCGCUAAGAUGGCUCCCGUGGCACCUAAGGCAGCAGCUAAGCCCAAGAAGUCUCGACCUCGUUCACCAAGCAAAAAGGUCAAGAGAACCGUCAAGCCUGCCGCUCACCCAUCAUCAAGCAAGAUGGUCGUAGCCGCCGUCGCUGCUUUGAAAGAUCGCCGUGGGUCAUCCACCCAGGGCAUCAAGAAGUACAUCGCCGCCAACUACAAAGUCGACACUGUCAAGCAGGCUCAUCACAUCCGCAAAGCUCUCAAGUCCAGCGUAGCCAACGGCACUUUGCAGCAGGUCAAGGGCACCGGGGCAGCCGGUACUUUCAGGCUAUCCGCCCAGGCACCAAAGUCUAACGCUGCUGCCAAGGCCAAGGCUAAAGCUGCGGCUAAGGUUAGAGCUGCUGCAAAGAAGGAGAAGACACGAGCCAGGAAAGCUGCACAGAAGGCCAAGAAAGCUGCUUCAGCUGCUGCCAAGAAAGCCAAGGCGAAGGCCAGCAAGAAGACCAAGAAAGCAAAGAAGCCAGCCAAGAAGGUCAAGAAAGCCGUCAAGCCAAAGAAAGCCGCCAAGAAACCAGCAGCCAAGAAAGCCGCCAAGCCAGCCAAGAAAGCUGCAGCCAAACCCAAGAAGGCAGCACCCAAGAAGAAGGCUGGUAAAGCCAAGAGAGCGGCCAAGAAAUAA